CAUGAACCACCCUGGUCAGAUUGGCAAUGGUUAUGCCCCGGUUCUUGACUGCCACACCUCCCAUAUUGCUGUCAAGUUUUCUGAGCUUUUGACCAAGAUUGACGGACGAUCUGGCAAGGAGCUUGAGAAGGAGCCCAAGUUCCUUAAAAAUGGUGAUGCUGGUAUGGUGAAGAUGAUUCCCACCAAGCCCAUGGUGGUGGAGACAUUCUCUGAAUAUCCACCUCUUGGUCGUUUUGCUGUUAGGGACAUGAGGCAAACUGUUGCUGUUGGAGUCAUCAAGAGUGUUGACAAGAAGGAUCCAACUGGCGCCAAGGUCACCAAGGCCGCAGCAAAGAAAGGUGCUAAAUGAAAAGUGUUUCGGAUUAGAUUUUUCAUGGAUGGUCUGAAUGCUGUUAAUUGCUGUUGCUAUUUUCGACUUUGUUUUGGUCAUUUGAGCAUUUUUGAGUAUGGCUCUGGAAGCUUUCAUCACGAUUCUCUGACCUUACUAGUGAGGAUAGUAGAGGAAUUGAGCAACUUGGUGUGAACCAGGUUGCUUAAUGAGCAGUGGUGGAAGCUCCAGCCCACAUCCCAUUUGUUGAUUUGGGGUUAUAGCACUAAGAUGAGUAAUAGUUUGUUGUGGGAAAACAAUUCACUUUGUUGUGAAAGGCGAACAUGUUUUUUGUGAGUAAAAGAAUUGAUCAAUCUUUUCAAAAUAGAGACCACCGCCAGCAUUGCAAGUGUAGCUUCACGGUGUCAGCCUUGUAAUAAUAGU